GUGACGUCAGAGCAGGAAGUGUUUGAGGAAGUUGCGCCGCGCUACCCGCGUUAAGAUUCCCGCAUUUUAAUGUUUUCAGGGGGGUGUGAGAGCCCCGGGUUUAGCCGCCCCAGCCCCGCCUUCCCCGCCCCGGGGAGCCCGCCCCCUGCCCCGCGUCCCUGCCGACAGGUGAGUCCCCCUCGUGGGUGCGGCCCUGGUGCCACCUGCAGGCCCCGCCGCCCCGCUGCCUGCAAGGCCCAGAAGACCCCUCUGUGCCGCUGGAAAGUCGCAGCUUGCGGACUAGGGAGCGUUUCAUUGUGCGGGUUGGAGUUCGGGAAGCCGGGAGAAACAGCCCUCGCUGGGGUGGCUUCUUGGAGAGUUAGCACGACAUCAGUAUGAGCUGGUCACCUUCCCUGACAACGCAGACAUGUGGGGCCUGGGAAAUGAAAGAGCGCCUUGGGACAGGGGGAUUUGGAAAUGUCAUCCGAUGGCACAAUCAGGAAACAGGUGAGCAGAUUGCCAUCAAGCAGUGCCGGCAGGAGCUCAGUCCCCGGAACCGAGAGCGGUGGUGCCUGGAGAUCCAGAUCAUGAGAAGGCUGACCCACCCCAAUGUGGUGGCUGCCCGAGAUGUCCCUGAGGGGAUGCAGAACUUGGCACCCAAUGACCUGCCCCUGCUGGCCAUGGAGUACUGCCAAGGAGGAGAUCUCCGGAAGUACCUGAAUCAGUUUGAGAACUGCUGCGGUCUGCGGGAAGGCGCCAUCCUCACCUUGCUGAGUGACAUUGCCUCUGCGCUUAGAUACCUUCAUGAAAACAGAAUCAUCCAUCGGGAUCUAAAGCCAGAAAACAUCGUCCUGCAGCAAGGAGAACAGAGGUUAAUACACAAAAUUAUUGACCUAGGAUAUGCCAAGGAGCUGGAUCAGGGCAGUCUUUGCACUUCAUUCGUGGGGACCCUGCAGUACCUGGCCCCAGAGCUACUGGAGCAGCAGAAGUACACAGUGACCGUCGACUACUGGAGCUUCGGAACCCUGGCCUUUGAGUGCAUCACGGGCUUCCGGCCCUUCCUCCCCAACUGGCAGCCCGUGCAGUGGCAUUCGAAAGUGCGGCAGAAGAGUGAGGUGGACAUUGUUGUUAGCGAAGACUUGAAUGGAACAGUGAAGUUUUCAAGCUCUUUACCCUACCCCAAUAAUCUUAACAGCGUCCUGGCUGAGCGACUGGAGAAGUGGCUGCAACUGAUGUUGAUGUGGCACCCCCGACAGAGGGGCACGGAUCCCACGUAUGGGCCCAACGGCUGCUUCAAGGCCCUGGAUGACAUCUUAAACUUAAAGCUGGUUCAUAUCUUGAACAUGGUCACGGGCACCAUCCACACCUACCCUGUGACAGAGGAUGAGAGUCUGCAGAGCUUGAAGGCCAGAAUCCAGCAGGACACGGGCAUCCCAGAGGAGGACCAGGAGCUGCUGCAGGAAGCGGGCCUGGCGUUGAUCCCCGAUAAGCCUGCCACUCAGUGUAUUUCAGACGGCAAGUUAAAUGAGGGCCGCACAUUGGACAUGGAUCUUGUUUUUCUCUUUGACAACGGUAAAAUCACCUAUGAGACUCAGAUCUCCCCACGGCCCCAACCUGAAAGUGUCAGCUGUAUCCUUCAAGAGCCCAAGAGGAAUCUCGCCUUCUUCCAGCUGAGGAAGGUGUGGGGCCAGGUCUGGCAUAGCAUCCAGACCCUGAAGGAGGAUUGCAACCGGCUGCAGCAGGGACAGCGAGCCGCCAUGAUGAAUCUCCUCCGAAACAACAGCUGCCUCUCCAAGAUGAAGAAUUCCAUGGCUUCCAUGUCUCAGCAGCUCAAGGCCAAGUUGGAUUUCUUCAAAACCAGCAUCCAGAUUGACCUGGAGAAGUACAGCGAGCAAACCGAGUUUGGGAUCGCAUCAGAUAAACUGCUGCUGGCCUGGAGGGAAAUGGAGCAGGCUGUGGAGCUCUGUGGGCGGGAGAACGAAGUGAAACUCCUGGUAGAACGGAUGAUGGCUCUGCAGACCGACAUCGUGGACUUACAGAGGAGCCCCAUGGGCCGGAAGCAGGGGGGAACGCUGGACGACCUAGAGGAGCAAGCAAGGGAGCUGUACAGGAGACUAAGGGAAAAACCUCGAGACCAGCGAACUGAGGGUGACAGUCAGGAAAUGGUACGGCUGCUGCUUCAGGCAAUUCAGAGCUUCGAGAAGAAAGUGCGAGUGAUCUAUACACAGCUCAGUAAAACUGUGGUUUGCAAGCAGAAGGCACUAGAACUGUUGCCCAAGGUGGAAGAGGUGGUGAGCUUAAUGAAUGAGGAUGAGAAGACUGUUGUCCGGCUGCAGGAGAAGCGGCAGAAGGAGCUCUGGAAUCUCCUGAAGAUUGCUUGUAGCAAGGUCCGUGGUCCUGUCAGUGGAAGCCCCGAUAGCAUGAACGCCUCUCGACUUAGCCAGCCUGGGCAGCUGAUGUCUCAGCCCUCCACGGCCUCCAACAGCUUACCCGAGCCAGCCAAGAAGAGUGAAGAACUGGUGGCUGAAGCACAUAACCUCUGCACCCUGCUAGAAAAUGCCAUACAGGACACCGUGAGGGAACAAGACCAGAGUUUCACGGCCCUAGACUGGAGCUGGUUACAGGCGGAAGAAGAAGAGCACAGCUGCCUGGAGCAGACCUCAUGAUGUCGAGGGACCCAACCCCCUGACAUGGGGCAGCCCAUAGCAGGCCUUGUGCGGUGGGGGGACUCGACCCCCUGACAUGGGGCUGCCUGGAGCAGGUCUCGUGACGUGGGGCUGCCUGGCCACGGCUCUCACAUGGUGGUUCCUGCUGCACUGAUGGCCCAGCGGUCUCUGGUAUCCAGAUGGAGCUCUCGCUUCCUCAGCAGCUGUGACUUUCACCCAGGACCCAGGGCGGAGCCCUCCGUGGGCACUGCCGGCACCUUGUCUGCACACUGGAGGUCCUCCAUUACAGAGGCCCAGCGCACAAUGCCGGCCCCACGAGCGUUCAGGGGUACAGCCACGGCAGCUCCUUCCUCUGCUGUGAGAAAAGUGCUUGGAGUACAGUUUGCCACACACGUGACUGGACAGUGUCCAAUUCAAAUCUUUCAGGGCAGAGUCCGAGCCGCACUUGGUGCCACCCUGUCCUCUCCUGCUCUCCAAUGGCCCUGCUCCCUGUCCCCUCUCACUUUACAGCUUGUAUUUCUUCUGGAUUCAGCUUCUCCUAAACAGACAGUUUAAUUAUAGUUGCAGCCUGGUCCCAUCCUCACUUCCUCUUUUUAUUUCACUGCUGCUAAAAUUGUGUUUUUACCUACUGCUUUGGUGGUUGCCCUCUUUUCGGCGAAGUCGGAGUGAGUGCCAAGCUCUCCAUCUGUGGUCCUUUCUGCCACAGAGCAACUCCUAGUAGCCAGGAUGGGAGAGCAGCUGCCUUAUUCCGAGUCCCAAAGAUCACUUGGGGGUGAUUGUCACAGAGGAGUGACAGAAAGGGUAUCUGCUGACCACCGGCCUGCCCACCACCAUGCCCGUGUCUGCAUUCCUGCUCAAGCAUGUGUGCUGGGCCGGGGAGUCCCUGUCUCUCACAGCAUCUAGCAGUAUUAUUAAAUGGAUUCAUUUUAAAAAUAGCUCCUAUGUUUUGUAACAUGUCUCAAACACUUAUAGUGGGUUCCACAGUCCACUGUUAGAAUACCUAUGGUUAGGGCUUCUGAACUAAAAUAAUGGAAAAUUUUACCAAUUUGUAUAGUGCCUGGAUCAUUACUAGUGCCAUAACCCUGCUGCUUCAACAUUUCACAGAACUUCUCUUUUAUAUAAAGGCAAGAGCACAAAAUGAGUUCAGAUGAUCCCAAACAGGUGAGUUUUGUUGGAGAAGAAAGUUGGAGUAGGAGACUUUCACAAGUGGUUUCCAUGGAGAUAGAAUGAAGCAUUCUGUGGUCAAGUAAGAUUAGGGAACGAUUCAUGUUUCACUUGCUUUGUGGAGAUUCACACUAUGCACUGGGAAAGUAUCUGAAAAGUCUAAUAAUAAAGAAACCGGCUUAACUUUGUAUAAAAACACUGUUUACCAAUGUCAUUUGGCUAUAGAAACAUUUUCUCCUGCUGAUUGUGUGUGCAAAACAUGUAUUAACAUUCCAAUGAACUAGCAUUUAAUAAAGCACAAUUUUGGAAA